AUGCCCGACUACUACCCCGUAUAUCUCAACCUGGCGGGAAAACGCUGCGUCAUUGUUGGCGGCGGAACCAUCGCUCAGGGCAAAAUUGGCGGCCUGCUGCAAGCCGGUUGCCAUAUUACAGUUAUCAGCCCGGACGCCACGCCCGGCAUCCGGCAAGCUGCCCAGCGCGGCGACAUCGUCUGGCUGCAGCGCAACUAUGAACCCGGCGACCUGGAGGGCGCCUUCAUAGGCGUGGCCGCCACCAACGUCUGGCACGUUAACCGGGAAAUCUACGAAGAGGCCGAGGGGCUGGGCGUCCUGCUUAACGUGGUGGAUGACCCCGACCUUUGCAGCUUUAUUGCCCCCUCCGUCGUCAAGCGCGAGCCGGUCACCAUGGCGAUUUCCACCGGCGGCGCCAGCCCGGCCCUCGCCCGCAAGCUGCGGGAGACCUUGGCCAACGCCGAGGCCCUGGAAUGGGCCGAUUUGGCUGAUGUGCUGGCCCAGGCCCGCCGCAUAAUCAAGGAAAAGCGUACGGUUAUUGACCCGGAACGCUGGCAGUGCUGCAUUACCCGUGAACUGCUGAACAUGGUUCAGGAAGGCCGUAGCGAAGAGGCUCUUGAAGUCUUGCUUUCCCAGUUGCAGGAUUCCGGAACGCCGGAAAUGUGCGGCGACUUGGCCCAUUGUCAGCCCCGUACCUGCCAGGUCCGCCAGGCUGCACGAGACAGCAGCGCCAGGCACAGGGAGGCCGUACGGUGA